CACAGGAGGCUGAGUACGACAAUCUGGCAACGUUGGUGUGUGUGUCAGCAGAGAUAGAGAACUUUAGAAGGGGCGUGUGCGUUGUCAAGUGAACAUUGACUGGAAGAUAACUCAUAUCUACCUGUAGCUCACUCCUCAGGUAACACACACAGAUAAGCCACCACCAUGGCUGCCACCGCCGCCCUGCCACCGCACCUGUCCAGGUAUGGACUAAUGGGCUGCCGUGAAGGGUCAUUGUGGUCCAUUCUGGCCCUGGAGUCGGUGAGCACAGAGGUGAGGAUCCGUGGCUUUGUGGCCCAGGUGUGCGCCAAGCUGGUGUACCACAACAACUCCCCCGAGACUCUACAGGUGCAAGCUGUGUACCCUGUGGACGAGGGCGCUGCUGUGUACCAGUGUGAGGUGUGCAUUGGAGGCCGAACCAUCGUCACUCACUGCAUGGAGAAGAAGAAGGCCGAAAAGGAGUUUGAGAAGGCGGUGAAGGCGGGGCAUCGGGCCGUGAUGGCACGGGAGCAUGACGACUCCUGCGACAUCUUCAAGCUGAACCUGGGCAACUUUCCAGCAGAGUCACGCGCUGAGAUAACUCUCAAGAUGGUGAUGGAGCUGAAGGUGCAGACAGACGGAGGGAUCAGCUUCGUCUUGCCGACUGUGCUCAACCCACGUUACUGCCCCCCCGACCACCCUAUGCAGGAUACCAGCACUCAUGGCUUAUUCGGCCCUCUGCCAUCGUUCUUCAACCACAUCGUCCACGUGCCGAAGCCCUACAGCAUUGACGUGAAGGCGACAGUGAGUGGCAGCCACAGGAUUGCCCGCAUCAUCUCCAGCACCGACGGCAUCGUCACCACCCUUGCUGACGAUGCCCUCUCAGCCCAGGUGAGCCAGGAUGGAGGCUUCAAGUGUGACCACGACUGGAGUUUCCUGGUCUACUACAACAACCCCUAUGCACCCCACCUUCUGCGGGAGACUGGUGACCGCUCAGCCACGGGCCUCAUGAAGGACGACCUCCUCAUGCUCAACUUCUUCCCGGAAGUCCCGGAGAACACCUACUCCAGCAAGAACGAGGUCAUCUUCAUCAUUGAUCGCUCGGGGAGCAUGCAGGGCGACAAGAUCAAGAACGCCAAGACAACGCUGCUCCUGUUCCUGAAGAGUCUGCCAGCCGGGUGCCUCUUCAACGUGGUCAGCUUCGGCAACCACUACUCUCUCCUCUUCCCUGAAGGAAGUCGCACAUACAAUGAGGAGACACUCAAGAUCGCCCUCAACCUCCAGGCCACGAUGGAUGCUGACAUGGGCGGCACAGAGAUCCUGCAGCCACUCCAGAGCAUCUACUCCAAGCCUCUCAGACCUGGCUUCUACCGACAGAUUAUCCUGAUCACGGACGGGGAGGUGUGGAACGUUAGUGCUGUGUGUCAACUGGUACGUCGGCAUGCAUACGAGACACGGCUCUUUUCCGUCGGGGUAGGGCACGGCGCGUCGACGGCCCUGGUGCGUGGGACAGCCAGAGCCGGGCGGGGGCGCUCGGAGAUGGUGGUGGAAGAAAGUCACCUGCAGCAAAAGGUGAUGGGGCUGCUGAGCUCCAUGCUGCAGGAGAGUGUGCAGGAGGUGACCAUUGCAUGUGAGGUGGACCCGCCCACUCAGGUCAAACUGGUGCCAAAGGUGCCUCCCGUCAUCUUUGGUGGCCAGCACCUCAUCCUCUACGCCCGGGUGCCGGCCACGACCCAGGUCAAGAAUGUAACAGUGAGGGGCCAACUGGGCACCAAGCCUCUGCUCAGCAUGGUGGAAGGCCAGCAGGUCACCACAGUGCAUGACGAGGCCAAGUCACUUCACCGCCUGGCAGCACGGGCCCAGCUUCUACAGUGGGAGCUGGACGAAGAGGAUGACGUCGCUGAGGACAUGGUCUUACUGAGCACGGCCAGCGGUGUGGUGUGUCAGCGCACGGCACUUGUCGGCAUCGAUCAGGAGUCGGGGAAACCAAUCGGUCAAUCUUCCCCAGCCAAAGAAAUUCAAGAGAAAGCUAUUCAUUCCUAUCACAGUCAGAGUGGCUUUUUGUUCGGAUCGAGUAAAACUCCACAGUCAAGUAUGAUGUUUGGUGCUCAGCCAAUGCCAGCAUAUUCACACUCUCCUGCAAUAGAGACAGAUAAUACAGGAGAGUGUGAAGGACUGUCAGCGAACAAGUUUGCAUUUGGCUCUUUGUUCGGAUCGAGUCAAACUCCACAGUCAGGUAUGAUGUUCGGUGCUCUGUCAGCGCCGGCAUGCUCCAGUUUUGGCAGUGCCGGUGCGUCCCCUGCCCCACCACAACAAAGGGGCUUCAGCUGUGGCUUUGCAUCAGCACCCAUCAGAGGGGCUACAAACACUGCUGAUCAAGCCAACAGUCUCAAACAUGUUGGGGCUCACACACCCACAUCUGGAGAGUGUGAAGGACUGUCAGCGAACAAGUCUGCAUUCUCCUGGGGUCGCUCGUUGAUUGGAGGUUCCUCAUCCUGUUCACCUGUGGAACAACCUUCAGGCCUCCUGGGGGUGGUCAGUCUGCAGCAGUUUGAUGGGUCAUGGACCUUGAAGGAUGCUGCAGAGCUUACUGGCAUGCCCUUUGAUACCCUGUCUGCCAGCAACCCUGCCAAGGGUGAGGUGACCUGGGCCACAGCUUUGGUGCUGGUGCUGCUGGAGAGGAAGUAUGGCCAUCAGAAGGAGCAGUGGGCCCUGCUGGCCACCAAGGCACAGACCUUCAUCACCAGCUGUGGGGAGCAGGUGGAGGAGCUGCUGGCCAAGGCUCGCGACACCCUUCAGGCCCAGUGAGCGGUGACGGCAGCAGCAGCGUCUUCUGCAUUGUCAGGCACCAGAGUAAUUAUUAAUUAAAUUGAUACCCUCCCCCUCUCCUCAGUCAUGUUACAUAUACUUAAUCCGGUAGCAACGACAGGCCAAAUUUGUGGCUUUACCGUGUAGCAGCAACGGGCUAAAUUUGUGCCAUGAUUUAAACCCCCCAAAAUAGAUGAUACAUAAACUGAUCAUAAAUGCUUCGAUAUAUAUUAUGAAAUGGUUUGUGUGAGUGAUGAUUUUUUCUCAUUUUUCUCACUUAGAGGGACCAUUUAGAAACACGAUCCCCGUUGCUACCGGGUUAAUAGUUGUCCAGGAUAUUAUUAUUUAACAUUCCUUCCCCCCCUGUCAAGUGUUCAGACACUUCAGUUUCCAACCAUUUGCCCGUCCCAAGGAGUCUAGAGAAGGAGGGGCAAUGGUGCCCAUGGGACAGAGGAAACGGACUAGUUAAUUAAGUUAUACCUAGAUGCAGUGGUGGGCACAAUUCCGCUGAUCGCUAAUUAGCGAAGCUAACUUUUUCAUUAGCUGAUAACCGUUAUCGCUAACUUUGGAAACAGUUAACGAACCAAUUAGCUUCUGCUAAAUGUAGUUCCUCCUCCGCUAACUUUAACUCCUUCAACACGAGGACGAGUAUACAGUAAUCUCUCGCCAUAUCGCGGUUCACUUAUUGCGGUCUCGUUGUGUCGCAGAUUUUUAAAUUGUAUCGUAUCACGGAUUUUUCGCUAUAUCUCGGGAUUUUGCGGUUUAGAGGUAUUUUUAUAUAUUUAUUAUUUCAAAUAUUUUUGUGGUAAAAUAAGCAUAUUCUAUCCUGAAAAAUUAAAACGAUAUAAAUCAACCUAAGUUGGAACACACCUAAAUAAGCACCUACGUCACCUACUUUUUUUUUUUUUUUCGCCUAUUGCGGCGUUAGUCUUUUCCCUGGUUCACUCCUCCCUCUCCGUCCCCAUAUUUUUCUCCUUCUUUCCCAUUUCUUUCUUCUUUUCCUUUCCCCUCCCUCCCAGUUUUUCUCUUUUAAUCUCUUUCCCUCCCACUCACCUUUUCUCUCUCCCUUUUACCUCACCUUUGCCUGACCCUCCCUCCCUACCUCUCUUGUUUUCCCAUCCCAUUCCCUCCACUCAUUUCCCUUGUUUCCUCCUUUCUCACACCCUCUUUAGCCUUAUCUCUCACGCUAUCGCUUGCUUCCUCCCUUUCUGCUUCCCCAUUAGAUUAUAUGAGCACACACACACACACACACACACACACACACUCGCUCGCUCGCACACGCACACACAGAAGGGGAAAUAGAAAGGGUGUUUGGAGGGAGGGGCAGAAGUUUAGUCAGGUCAUGUCCUGAACAAAGCCCUGACCUGACUCUCCCUUCUGCCACUCCCUCUCCACACCCUUCUCAUUUCCUCUUCUCUGUGUGUGUGUGUUUACAGCUAGAUAAACACACACACACACACACACACACACACACACACACACACACACACACACACUCACAGAAGGAGAAAUGGGAAGGGUGUGGGGAGGGAGGGGCGGAAGUGAGUCAGCUAGGUCAUGUUCUGACUGAAGUCUUGACCUGACUCUCCCCACUGUCCCUCCCUCCCCACACCCUUCUCCUUUCUUCUUGUUUUCAUCCUUUCUAUCUCUCCCUGUUUCCUCCACUCUGUUCCUUGUUCUCCCUUAUUUCAUCCUCAGUCAGUAUUUUUUUCAUGACUCUGUCCCUCUCCUCCCUUUCCCCUUCCGUAUUUACCUAAUUGUGAUAUAAAGGAAGUGAGCUACGCUCAUAUUGUCCAUUCUCUGAGUAUUCUUCCGCCCUGCUCAACAAACUAAUUAUUGCUCGAAGUUCGUAUUUAAGAAGCAAAUGUCGAAAGUCGAAAAAAGAAUUAUAGAAUCAUUUAUUGGGACAGCGUCGUAAUGACGAAACGUCGUAGAAAGUGUUUUAUAAAGGUGUGGGAAAGGUCAAUAGGAGUGUGGAAAAAAGGUUUGUAAGAUAGUGGGGAGGGUUUAUAAAGCCUUAAAAUAUAUAUAAAUAAUAAAAAAAAUAUAAGGUCGCUACUUCGCGGAUUUUCGCCUAUCGCAGGGGGUUCCCCGCGAUAGACGAGGGAUUACAGUAAUCCCUUGCGUGCCCCGUGCCAUAAAUGAGGACGCGUUGUUGCCGACCGAAGGCGGACAAAGGUUAUUAGUGCACUAAGGCUGAUUAUGACUGAUUAUAAGAUGUGUAAUGUGGUACAUACAAUCAUAUAAAGGGCGAUGUAGAGGGAGGAUAGGGAAGAUUGUAGGAGUGAAGAUGGGGACUAAUGCAAAGCAGUGGUGUGAGAUGGUAUAGUGAGGGCAGAUAGCCGCACUAAGAGGUCAACACAGUGGAAGGGGAAGAUAGAGACUGUGGACGCGGGGUAUCUGCGGGGCCGAGUUGCUCCCUCUGGCUGGGUUGGUUGCGUUGAGGAGCAGAGAGGAGGGCUUGCAGCGGAGAGGUGAAGAGCUAUUUCCUCGCAGAGACAGUGUGGUUAAGGGUCACACAACAAAGAACCCAGAAGUGAUUAAUAGACCCCAACAUCUGAGUUAUAAUUGUGUCUUUCUGAAUGAUAUAUUUUGCCAUUUCCAUAUUCUGAUAUGCGGGUUAAAUGACGAGUUAAUUGUUCAACAGUGAUUUGUUUCUCUUUGAUGUAAUGUAGUGACCCAACAAUGAUUUAUUUCUCUUUGAUGUAAAAUGUAGUGACUUUUGUAUUCCUGAUUUGGUGAUUCUGAUGGAGUUCAUGUUCACAGGUUUUGAUCGAAAAUAUAUUAAUCGAGUCAACGUGAA